ACAGAGUGGCAACCACAAGCACAACAACAGCAACAACAGAAGAAAAAACCAACUGAGAAAACACAAUGCAGAACGAGCCACAAGCGUGAAAGCAAAGCGGAAACAACAACAAACAAUAAUAAAAGAAGAUUUUUCUACCAAUUAAAAAUACAUACACAGUCCGAGACUGUCAUAUAUAUAUAUAUAUACCUGCAUGUGUAUUGACAUGCAGCGAUAUUAAAUACAAAGUCCUGUCAAUCACAAAUCGCAGAUGGACAGCAGCGACGACGACGACAGCACCACGUCGAUACCGCGGCCCAUCUAUGAGGCGACCUCGGCAAUUGAUAGCCCGCCUCCAACUUUGUGGACAGGUUCAGCUGCCCAGGAGCGGGAAUCGUUGCCUAAUAAGCGAUUAAAGUAUGUAGUUAGCUCUCCUCCGGGCUCGGCCAAUGGCAGCAGCUCUUCCAACUCGAGCGCCUGGAAAGACACAGCCGCAGCAGCUGGCGGCCACGCGUCGCUCACGAUGAAGCUGACCAAGGUGGCGACACAUCAAGGCGAAGCGAAGCCCGCAAGCACAUCGACGCCCAAGCAGGAGGUGAAGGUGCGCGUGCCAAAGGAAAUGCUUGCACUACAGCGCUCCCACAACGAAUCCCAGGUGCUGACGGGUUACGUCUCCGACAGCGCUAAGAUGAAGCGGCGCAAAUCGCGUGCCGUUGCAGAGCAUCUAAUCAAGCAAUCUUCGACUAGUAGCAGCAACAUGUCCACCACGCUGCCCAGCUCGACAAGCAGCGGAAGAGGCGGCGUUAGGGCAACGCUGAAGCGCAGCAAGAGCAUACACGCACCUAUGUGGGAUUCUGUUGAGGAAUGGCAACAGGCGACACAGCUGCCCAGUAAACAGUCGAAGAAGAGACGCAACUUUUCGGUGGCCUGCGAUCCUGGCGAAGAGCCGUUGACGGAACUGAGCACCAACGAGGAAACAGAAGAAGAGAGCAACAGCAGCAGCACGAGACGCUUUCGUUCCCGCAGCAAGACCGUCUCGUUGAGCAGCGGUAAUCAGCGAUCGGAACCUCAACGAGUCGAUCAGCUGGAACAGGAAAAGGCAGAUGCGGAAGCGGAAGCCGAGACGGAUGCGGAUGCGGAUGGUGGAGAGUGGCGUGCCAGCUCCACAGCCGAUACGGAUCCCAAUCUAUCCAUGUAUUCGGAUGCUACGGAUGAGACAAAGAUUACGGGGUCUGGCAGUGCAGGAAGCGGUGAUGCACGAGAAGAACUGCAGAAAAGACUCGACGAGAUCUGGCAACCAGCACCAAGGAACGGAUGGGAUCCAUUCUGUUGGAAGUGUCGAGCAUGUGGCGCACUGAUGCCCUGCUCCAAAUGCCUACGCUCCUUCCACGCCUACUGCGUGCGACCUGCAUCCACAAAGUUUGACAGCACCUGGAAAUGUCCCGAAUGCCAGCUCAUUGAAAGCGCGCCUAAACGGCCACGUCGCAAUGAUGUAUCCGUGGAUCUGCUCAGUCAGCUGUUAACCUAUGCACUGGAGCGCAUGAAACUUGUGCGCGGGAUACACAAAUUGCGUGCACCACAGGAAGUGCUGCCGGAUUGCUAUAGCAAAUACUUUGCAAAUCCGGUGAGCUUUAAUAGUUUAGCGGAACGCAUAAAAAAUCACGUGUUUAACAGCGCCGACGAGUUUCUCAGCGAGGUGAAGUGGAUGCAGCACAAUGCGCUCAUUUUAGACUCUGGAGAUGUCAAAGUGGAGCAAGCUUCUAAGGCAGUAGUCAAGGUGUGCCGACAGGAGGCCAAUGAGAUAGAUACCUGCGCCGAGUGCUAUUUGAAUGCCAACUCCAGUGACGAGUGGUUCAUUAAGGUGUGCACCCAGCCACAUUUGCUGCUGUGGGCCAAGCUGAAAGGUUUUCCCUACUGGCCAGCCAAGGCCAUGGGUUGCGGUCCAAAUGCAGGUGUUAAUGUACGCUUCUUUGGCAAACACGAUCGCGCCAAUGUGCCCGUCAAGGAUUGUUUUUUAUAUUCCGCACAAGAUCCCAAUACGCAGACGAGUCGACGAUCCGCACGCGAUCUAGCCGAAUGCAUACGCGAAGUGGAGGUGCACAUUGAGCAUAUAAAGAAUAAAAUUGGCACCUUUAACUAUGCGCCGUAUCGCUCGCCCUACGAUCCGCAAGAGGAGCAACAGCAGCUUGAGCAAAUGAUGCCGGGCGUCAGUGAUGUCAUCAACAGGCAAUUGGCGCCGGCCAACAAGGCCCCACUGCAGUUCCUCAUACGCAAAACCUCAGGCGACAAAUUGUCCAUUGUAAAAAAAACAAAGGCCACCGAAUCGGGCAACGAAUCAGAUCAGUCAGCAAGCCCAACCAAGAAACCAAUCCACGAUGCUGAAUCGUCGUCGUCGCAAUUGAGUAACGAACACUCGAAGCCGAAGAGCAGCAACUACGAAGUGAUACCCAGAGCUGGCGAUGAUUUAAGGGAAUCUCGCAGCUGCACAGUUGUUCUCAAGCGCAAAUCCCUGGAGUCCUGCAAGGCAUUAGUAAAGAUUUCGUCAACUCUGCCUGGAGACCCAUCGCCCACAAUUAAGCGCAAACAUUCACAGAGUGAUGCCAGCAGCGAGACGAGCCAACAGGGCACCAGUUCGGAGCAGAGGCGACGCGGAAAACACGCGCGCAAGGCGGCGGCAGCAGAGUGCCAGGAUAAUGAUGAGGAGACACAACAGCCAACUGAACAAGAAACGGAACUGCCUAAAGUGGACAACGAGACGGCAGCUCCAGCGGCGGGCUCAUCUGAAGCAAGUCCAGGUGUUGAGUCGGUGGUGGAACUGGUGCGCAGACGACACGGUGUAACUAUAACCAAGAUUUCCCGGGAUCAACAACAACAGCAACAGCAACAGCUGCAGAUUCAACCACAGCAAUUACAGCAGCAGCAGCAACAACAGCAGCCGCAGCAACAACAACAGCAGCCGCAGCAGCAAAUACAACAGCAACCACAGCCGACUCCAACCAUAGCUGCAGUCCAGCCGAAUGAGACUGUAACUGUUAAUGAGGCGGUAGCCAGGCAGCGUGCAAUGGAGCGACAGCAGCAACAGCUUAUUAGCAAGGUGGUGCCCUUUGUGGAAAUCAAGAAAGAAGUGCUCUCUGAGCCAGAGGAAAACGAAGAAAUUCCCGAUGCAAGUGCAACACAGCCAAUGGCAGUCGAGGAGGAACCGCAGCAGGUGGAAAAUGCACAACCAGCGCCUGAGAUCAACCUGCCCGCUGCAGUACCACCGGAGCAACCCGAACCACCACCAGCCGCUGCAACCACUGAGACAGUUAACAUCAAGCAAGAGGUGCUCAGCGAGGAGGAAAUGGAAACGGAUCAGAAUAAGCCACCCGAACUACCCAGUAGAGAAGCUCAACCUGUCUCAAUGAACUCAGUGGAAGCCACGCCACAACCAAACGUAGUUGCAGCCGCGCCUGAAGCCUUUGUGCGCUUUGUAGGCGAUACCACAAUACAGAGAUUGAGUCAAAAGCAGACGCCCAAAUUGCCCGAUACGACGACGACUACGCCGACGGCAACAGCUAAGCGAGGCUCGUUGCGAGGUGUGCCUCAUGGCCCGUUGCCCGCCUCAGCGCACUCACCAACCUCGACACCACCACCGGCGCCGUCAUCGCCCACACCGUCGACCGCGUCCAUGCCAGGCAACAGCCAACGAACAGCUGCCCAAGCCUCACCCAAGAUGCAACAGCCAGUGGGUCAACCUUUGCGCGUGAAGAGCGACAAAUCGUUGAACGAGACAACACCACAGCCCGUUCUACCAUUACCAGCUGCAACGCCCACCUCAAGUCUGCUCAAGUCCAACAUGGUGGUCAUACCCAUGGAACCGCGCAACACUAAUGGUGGUGGCGGCAGCAUUGGCAACAGCAGCAGCAGCAGUGGCUGCAAUAUCAGCAAUUCCAGUCUGAUGAGCAUACCAGUGCCACCACUGCGAGCCGUUUCUAAGAAUACGUUGCAAAACACGAAUGCGAUUACAUCUAUCACGGCUGUCCCAAUUCCAGCGUCUGCGUCUACAUUUCCCAGUAGCUCGGUGCCCCCACCGCCACUGGCGGGGCUAACCACAGCGGCAACGGCAACUAUUCGGCCAGUGACCAGCGGCACAGAGUCUGGUGGCUUGCUGGCCAGCGCUCUGAACGGUCUGCCUAGUGAUACCCUGGUUAGUGAAUCGACUCCAUCGGAACCAAUCACACCCGGCUUGGCGACUGCACUAAGUGAGCUGCUGCUGCGCCCUGGGCCACCCAAGCUGACGAUGCGUCCAUGCGGUCCACUGCAGUCGGAUGGCUCCAACAUAUAUCCAGCACAUGCUGGACCACUCUCCACCAGGCUAAAAGAGAAUGCGCACAAGAUUACGGACUACUUCAUCUCAGUCAUUGAGGACACGCUUAGCGAUCUGGCAGGAGGCGAGCCCAGUGUGCUGCAGGCCCGAAUUGCUGGACUGACGCUGGAAAACGAGCGUAUGAAGCAGCACUACGAACGGCAGUUGGCGGACUUGCAACGGUCUACAGAUCUGAUGAUCUCCGAAAUGCGCAAGACCAUGGAGCAGGAGAACAAGCGAGUGAUUAGCGAGCUCCGACAGCAUAGUACGGUGGAGCGGAUGAGAGCCGUGGAUGAAGCGAAGAAGAAGCAAUGGUGCGCGAAUUGUAUGCGCGAGGCACAACUCUAUUGUUGCUGGAACACCUCAUACUGUGACUAUCCCUGUCAGCAGAUGCAUUGGCAACGACACUCCUCCAGUUGCGGCCAAGCAGCCACGGUGCAGACGCAGGCGCAAGCGCAGGUACAGGUGCAGCCUCAAGUACAGGUGCAGGCGCAGCCUGAGGUCACAGGUCGUGGCAAGCAUAAGCAAAUGGCCAACACGACACCAAGUCCCAACCCGCAAUUGAAUAGAGCUACCGCCGUGGGAGCACCUAACAAAAAGUGGACACAUCAGCCAAUGAUAUCACUAGUGAAUCCCGUGCCGCCCGCCGCCCCCGAAAUGCUCAAAUUGCCUAACAACACAUUUCUGCGGCCUGUCUCGCUGCCCUCCACAAUGCCCGCGCCGAACAACAGCACCAUUGUCACUCCAGUCACCCUCAUCACACCCGCCACAACCACUCAUCUGGGCAAUACCACCAUGACGAAUCAGCGCAACACUCAAAUCAACUAUGGCGCCAAGCAGACGCAGCCAAUUCCCGUGCAGCAUUACAAUAUACACUUGCCCAUCACCGUCAGCAACAAUGCGCAGUUUGGACACAUUACGGAGCAGCACCAAAAGCAUGUGGCCAAGUCUACGAGUCGAGGCUCUCUCAAGGGCAGCAGCCGCGCCCGCAAUUCUAACAAUCCCAUCAACAGCAACAACAAUGCCCAGGCUAUGCGCCACAGCCAAAUAAAUAAGGGCUAUCAACAGUAACAAUUACUUCAAGUGCAAUUGUUGGAUCCAAUUGCAACGAACCGUAACACAAGCUAAAACUGGCGCAACUGUAUAAAUAUUGUUUAAACAAUUACAAUUAUAUUCAAUUAGCUAACUAGGAUUAUGGAACGCAAGUUUUAUUUUAUUGA